UGAGGAUCGCCUUGACCAUUAAGCAAAUUCACACUAGAAAUCCGCUUUCGACAUGGCCAACCUUGCGCCAGCUACUCAGGAAGGGAGUACAGAGGAAGACCUCGAGUAUUUGAAUGAAGAGGAUGUUGGCGAGGUAAUUGACGAUGAAGCAGGAGAGCCUAUGAGCGAGGACGAGGAUGAAAACGAAGAAGGCGAAGAAAAUCAGCUCCUUCUUGUGGAUGAUUCAAUACAAGGGUUCUUUGACCAUCGUCAACCUGUUUAUGCUGUGGCAAUACAUCCUACACAGGAAGCAAUUGUUAUGACGGGUGGAGGGGACGAUAAGAGUUACUUGUGGCGCGCGGAUACUGGGGAGAAGCUUUUUGAACUCGCUCAGCAUGAAGACUCUAUCAUUGCGGUGGGCUUUAGCGCAGAUGGGCAGUUUGCUGCCAGCGGAGGAAUGGACGGGAAGGUGAAUGUGUUCACGGUGGCCACAGGGGAGUUGGUUGUGACGCUGGAUGGCCCCACAGAGAUCACGUGGUUGAAUUGGCAUCCACGAGGCAAUGUGCUCCUCGCUGGUACGGAAGAUGGAACAAUGUGGAUGUGGCAAGUUCCGUCCGGAAACUGCAUGAAUGUGUUUAGUGGUCAUGUUGAUAGCGUCAGCUGCGGUCAAUUUGCCCCAGACGGCAAAACUAUAGUGUCCGGGUCCAGUGACGGUUCCAUUAUCGUGUGGGAUCCCAAAACGGCGAAUGCGAAUCUUAGAAUAACUGGAGAGGAUGCACGUUUCCACAAUGCGCCUAUAACAGCUGUUGCAAUACAUCACGACAAUCAACUGGUUCUCACGGGCGCCCAGGACGGUACUGCACGACUAGUCCAUAUUGGCAAUGGACGGAUCUUGGCCUCCUUUGACAAUCAUUCCGAUUCAAUUGAAGCUGUUGGAUUCUGUCGAUCAAUGCCAUUGGCGGCAACUGCUUCUGUAGAUGGCACAAUAAGCAUUUGGGAUGUGACGGGUCUUCGUCUUCGCCAAUCUGUUCGGCACGAGGACGCCGUGACACAGCUUCGAUGGCAUUCGUCUGAACCCAUUUUUGCUUCUGCCUCUGCUGACCGUACUGUCAAAGUGUGGGAUGCGCGAACAGGAGAAUGUCUAAAAACAUUCCGAGGGCAUCAAGAAACAAUUUUAGAUUUUGCCAUGACGCGGGACGGACGGACCAUUAUAACAGGAUCGGAUGAUGGGACAUCCUUGGUUUUUAGUAUAUAGAUUCAUUCCAUAAGCAUAUUAAACGUGAUAAAAUUGGAUAUAUUCCAAUGUGUCAUUAUGCUGAAGGCUGGUUGACAAGAGGAUUCAGCUACUUUCAAGUUCCGCUGCUCUUCGAGGGAAUGUUUCAGUUUCCAAACGUUUUGAGCAGUGGCAUUGUCGAAGCAACAGUUGCAUAGAUUAGGAGCAUGUAUCAGAUAGUCCAGAGGAAAUAUACAAGUAAAUAAUACUUCAUUGGUUUUCAUAAAACCGGCA